AUGGCUAAAGAUCAAAGCAUGAAUUAUCUGGACUACACUCUGACCGAUUACGUGAUACCUCAGCAGCAACAGCAACAGCGUCAGCCAUCAUUGAAUGUAGAUUUCAAAGCUGAACUCUCCUUGAUGUAUCCACAGCAGCAGCAACAACAGCCUCAGCAACAAUCGGAUCAAAUACCAAAUUACGCCAACAUUUUGUUGCCUCAGUCGCCCGAUACAUUUCAGUGUGAUGACAACAACUCGUAUUGUACCUCACCUUCAUCCAUCUUGUCCACAGCCUCAAAUCAUCUUCAACAACAAUUUCCAUCGCCUUCUCCAUCUCCCUAUCAACACGCGUCUGAGAGUAAUGCUAGUUUAACCAAUGUAGUUGCCAUGGAUACGGUCUCCAUGGAUACCAACAACUUUUAUCAUUCAUUUCUGCCUUUUAAUACACCUGUUGAAAGCAGUUGCACCAAUGUUGAUGACUUUAUUAUGACUCACACUAGUUAUAACGGCAACAACAAUAGCAACAACAACGACAACAGUAGUAAAAAGAGAAAGUUUGAUAAAGUAGAGAAAGAUGACAAGCUGAACAACUCAGAGAUCAAGAGACAGAUACAUAUUCAAUCCGAGCAAAAGAGGAGAGCACAGAUCAAAGAUGGAUUCGAAGACCUUCGAAAUGAACUUCCCAGUUGUUUGAAUAAGAAGAUGAGCAAAGUUGCACUUUUGCACAGAACAGUUCAACAUAUUCAACAUUUGAAAAAUACGCAGAUGACAAUACUAGCAGAGCUUGAAAGGCUAGUAGGCGAAAACGACCAGUUGAGAAAAUUUCAAGAAAAUGUACUCCAAAAGCAACAACAGUCGAUGUUCUCUACAUCUAGUAGUUGA